AUAAAAGCUAGAAGGUUUCCCACUAUCAGACACAGUGCACAGUUCUAGUCCGCUAAGAUAAGCCGCUUUUAAUCCGUCCGACGACGAUACCCGUGUGAAGGCCCCGAGUCCUCAGAGCAACUGAUCAACCUUCAUUUUUUCUCAGUUCUAGUGCUAACCCACAAACACAACCCCAACCAUGAAAUCGUUCAUCGUGAUCGCCCUCGCCCUGGUGGUGGCCGUUGCCGCCCAGAACAAGUACACCAGCAAGUACGACGGCGUCGACAUCGACGAGAUCCUCAAGUCCGACCGGUUGUUCAACAACUACUACAAGUGCCUCCUGGACCAGGGCCGCUGCACGCCGGACGCCAACGAGCUGAAGCGCAUCCUGCCGGAAGCCCUGCAGACGAACUGUGCCAAGUGCAGCGAAAAGCAACGCGAGGGAGCCACCCGGGUGAUCAACUAUCUGAUCGAGAACCGCGGCGAACAGUGGAAGGUGCUGCAGGCCAAGUUCGACCCGGACAACACCUACAUCAACCAGUAUCGUAGCGAAGCCCGCGCCGCCGGAAUUAAGAUCUAAGUUAACUAUCACUCCUCGUCCUCAACCCCGUGUUCUACUCAAUCGAACAAAACAACGCCCCUCCUCCCCUCCCCCGUUCCAAACAAUGAGACCAAAGUUCCACAUGAGCGCGGAUUGGAAAUCCUCAGCUGGCGAAGCCAGCCAGCCAACGACGCGCGUGCGGAAACGAAAUUGAAAGCGUUAAUAAAUAUGCAAAACGUUUAAGUUUUAAUACUGCUACCUGAUACAAUCGA